GUGCAUACAACAAACAAACAAUUGUUCCUCCUUCUGGUCACAAUCACCAUCACAAAGAUGGCAACCGAUCCUUAUCAUAGCUUUGCGGCUGAUUUAAAAUCAUCAUUAUCAGCCGCACAAAAGCUUGGAUCGGAUUAUGAUAGGAUAAAAAGAUCAGGUGGAACAGGAGGAUCGGAAGAACAGAAGAUUUAUCAAAGAUUACAAGAUUCUCUAGAAGCUUUAGAGAAUGAUAUAGGAGAUGUACGUGAAAGUGUUCAAAUGAUCGAAGCAAGAGGACCUGAACGGUUCGGAGUGGAUUCAAACGAACUUUCGCGGCGAAAAGCGUUUGUACGAGAAUGCGAAAAUCAAAUACAGAAACUGUCAAAGAACUUUCAAUCAGCAUCAUCAGGUCAUAGAAAGACGUACGGAAACAGACAGGACCUAGGCGAAGACGAUGAAGAUGACGAAGAUGCUACGCUUGCGUUUGAGAUGGAACAACAACAACAAUUGAUGCACAAACAAGAUAAUACGUUGGAUAUGAUCGGAAGCGCCAUCACUUCCCUUCGUCGUCAAGCUGGUACGUUGGGACAAGAGAUUGGUGAACAAGUAGAAAUGAUUGGUGCUUUGGACAGUGAAGUGGACCACUCGCAGUCAAAACUCAAUCGAGCACUUGGGAAAAUGGAUGAAUUGGUACGAAGGUCAGAUGAUAGAAUGGGCGGAUGGUGUGUUUGGCUUUUAAUCAUCUUAUUGAUGGUCUUGGCGUUAAUCGCAUUCAUCAUCUAAAGGCAACUUUUUGGCAUAAUUGUAUUUCUACUCUGGCAAUCAAUGGUAACAAGAUCAAUUGAGAAAUAGUGGUAUCGAUUGAGUGAAGUAUGUUUGGUAUGAUAGAUGAUGAUGAAAACUGACACGAAUGAUUGGAAAUUGCACGCAGAUACAAAAGCAUGCAAAUAUGAUUAUUUUUAUUAAAUAAUUGGAAGACCCUUCAAUGAGCCUGUCCAUUCAAGACUUGCAAUUCAACAUUAUUGCCCGUUGCCAUAUGAUGAGGAACAACUUGCUGAACGAUGAUCGGCCCUCCGCUUCCGGACGUAUGUCUGGCUUUGUAUGCUCUUGCAUAUUCUUGCGAAUCAGAAGGUCCCAUUUGCAUUCGAUCAAUGCUUGACGGGUAAGCUGUUUGUCCCACGUAUGCAUUCGGCGGGAUCAUGAUACCACUAGCUCCAGCUAAAGAAGAAGUUGCACUAUUUGCUCCUCCUGUAUGUAUAUUU